AUGCCUCGAUUAAAAGGUGAUUUUUGGCAAGGAUAUGAUAUACAACUUAAUUCUCAAGAAAAACAGCAUUAUAAAUGUAAAACAUGUGGUAAACAUUUUAUUACUAAAAUGAUGGCAGCUGACCAAAAGGAAUUAGAAAGUUUGUUUACGCAUGCAAUUUAUUCCACAGGUAUUCCUUUUAACAUUCUUGAAAAUAAAAAUAUGAAAGCUUUUUUUGUAAAAGCUUGUCCUUUAUUCAAAUUACCUAUUUGCCAAAGCCUUUCAACCACUCUUCUUGAUCAAGAAUAUAUUUUAAAAAUUGAUUGGGCUAAAUCAAUUUUAGAAAAAGGAAAGGAAGUUAUACAAUAUUUUCGUAAUCAUCAAAUUCCUUUAGCAACACUUUAUCAGCUUCAAUUAGAAAAGUAUGGACGUAUAAUUGCUUUAGUAUUAAUUAUUGAUAUACGAUGGAAAUCAGCUUUUUAUUAUAUUGAUCAUAUUCUUCAAACUAAAGCAGCUUUGCAAUCUAUUUUAGGUGAAGAAAUAGAAAUUAAUAAAAAUAUUGUACUUAAUCUUAGUAGCGAAAGUUUUUGGAAAGAUUUAAAGGAUUUACAUAACCUAUUAAAACCCUUUGUUAUCUUUAUUAAUCAACUUAAAAGUGAUAAACUAUUUCUUUCAUUAGCAUUUGUUAAAUUACGAGAAUUGGAAUCUGAAAUUAAAAACAAUGCAAUUAUUCCAAAACAAGUUCAAGAUGAUGUAAUUGAUUUCGACAAAAUACAUAAUGUUAUUGAAGAAGAAAUUAUUAGACUUGCAGGAAAAGAAAAUGCUAGUCAAGUAUUAAAUGAAUUAGCAGAAUAUGUUAGCCAAACAGGUGGAUUUGCAAAAAGACAUUUUCAAGUGGCUCUUAAAAUUCUUUUGAUACCUGCAACCUCAGCUGCUAGUGAGCAGAAUUGGUCAGCUUUUAGUUUAUUCAUACUAAAUUACGCUAUAGAUUACAUAAUGAAAGAGUAA